AUAAUAGUUUUCUGGUGGCUGCGGGUUAAACGUGGAGACAAAGGCCAACGUGCAGCGUCACGCCCGUCCCCUCUGCUGACUCUCAGCCACGGACUUCUACAGAAAUAAAAGCUUCUGUCACCGAGGACUUCGUCAUACAACAAAAGCAGGCCAUGGUGUGCAUUCCUUGUAUUGUCAUUCCAGUUCUCCUUUGGGUCUAUAAGAAAUUCCUUGAACCGUAUAUCUAUCCUGUUAUUGCACCUUUCAUAAAGCGUGUGUGGCCCAAGAAAGCUGUGCAAGAAACAACAGCCAUGAAACAAGGUCAAGAUUUUGGAAAUCCACGGGCACCUUCAGCUGCUAAAAGAGAUCAGGAGGAUGAGUCUGGAAAUUACAAAUUUGAAAGCAAUGGAAUUGCAAACGGAAUUGCUGCAAAGAGAGGCACAGAAGUUUCUGAUAAGAAAACAGAUUAAAGAAAUUUAUUUAUAAGGAUUUUAUCCCCAUGCGUCCAAUAUGAACUGGUGACAUUUCUCUCACUUAGAGAAUUUUUUUCUUUGCACAUUUUACUUAAUGGAAACCCUUAUCACUUACAGAAGAGGAUUUCUUCUGCCACUAAAAUGGCAACUAACAUUUUUAUUAUUUAAAAUGUUUGAAAACUGUCUUGAAUUGCUCUUUGUUUUCCUCACUGGAAACCUCUGUAACCUGAUUGGCAUGAUUAGAGUUUAGGUUAUAUAAUUUAUUAAUAAAUUUAGCUUGGGGAGGUAAAUGUGUUGCUGCUUAGUUUCACUGACUGCUAGUGCAGUACUUCAGGCUUUCACCUUAAGAACUGUAGCUAUUCCUGCCCUUGCUAAAGAAUUAUGAAUUGCAUUAUGUCAAGAGAAGUAUUAUAGUCAAAUUAUGAAGAGUGUAGAUCAUGUGAAAUCGAGUUAUGCUAUAUGCACAAUUUACUUAGCUUACUACAAGCAGGAAAUCUUGAUCUGAUAUUACCAUUCAUCAUUUUCUCCUUGAAAUAUUGUGCCUUUCUUUCCUAAAGAGGAGGUGCAAGGGCAUGAUACAAGAAAAUUUUUGCUUUGUGUUUUGUUGCAGUGGCUUAAAAUGGUGCAAUUCUGUGUCUUAAAAAAAAAGAAAAAAAGCUAAAAUCUUGUUAACAUGGUGGCAUAACUUGAAUUAUAAUAAACCAGGAAUUUAUUUAAAAAUAAGUUGCUUCAUUUAAUAGUUUUUAGCCUUCUGAAUAAUGAAAAUCUGUAGUAGUAAUGUACAGGUUUGAAAACGUGGAUGAGCCCAAGCCACAAGGAGGGAGAUCAUAAAACUAUUUCUUUUUUUGAAAUUUUGUGACAAAGUAAACUUGGCAAGUGCAGCUUUUCCUCAUGCUGGGAAGAAAUAUUCUUUCACUGACUUUCAUUCCACCUUGGUAGUGCAAUUGUGAAGCAUUUUUAGAUGCCACUCUAUAAUAGGGAAUAGAACUGGUAAUCCCUGUUUUGUCCCUACACCAAACUGGAGAAUUUUUAAAAAUAUUAAAAACAAAAGCAUUCCAACAAUUAUGGAUUGCUAUUAAGGAAGUCCUAUGGGUACACCUUACACUGUAUGUGUGUAUGUAUGUAUAUAGGUGUUUCAGGGAUAGUCUCUAGAGGAUAUUAUGAUAAAACUGGCAGCAAGAUAGGCUGAUAAAUGUUUGGGUUCAUUCACAGUCCCUUUACACGUUAAAAUGUUGCCUGCCAGAAUGACAGGAGACACCUUGCAGUCCUUGAACUGUUGCUGAGGUCUAGUCUUUCUUGCAAGCAUGUUUUUUCUUUCUAGAGAAAUAUUCUUGAUAUUUGGCUUGAUGCCUGUCUGGUGCCUCUGGUGAGGUGUAUUGUUUCCUACUAUUACCCCCCCCUUCUUUUUUUAUUUUUUCCUCCAGGCCUUAUAUGAAUUGGUAUACAAUGUUUACAGGUGGAUAUUGGACCACUGUUUCUUCGUUACUCUUGUAAUGGGUCGAAUUACAGAAAACUUCUGGUAAGGUGUUACCUAACACUCCUUCCUUUCCCUUAGAGAGUCAGUCUGUUGGGAAGUGAAUUUUGCAUUACUGUUUAACCAGCUUUUGCAUCAUCGUAAGCCCCCAUCUGAUCAGUAUACCACAGAUGUAGCUUUCUCCUAGACCGGUGAAGUACUGUUUGCGAUAAUAAAAUUGGAUUCUGUGAUUCUGA